AUGUUUUGGAAAGAAGAAUCUAGUACUACAAAUUCCAGUAAUCGGCAGAGCAGAGUUUUCCCGCUGUAUUCCGUUGGACGGAUCGCAAAUGUAGCCUGCAUUGGGACUAACGGGCUCUCGGGGAUAUGUCAAAUACGCGGAGAAUGUGCCGACAAUGGAGGUCUAGCAUCUGGACAGUGUAGCGCAUUGACGAAUCAGGCGGUAUGUUGCGUUUUUAUACAAACAUGUGGUGGAACCGCUACACAAAAUGUAACAUAUUUUCAAAACAGUGGUUAUCCUUUGCCAUAUAACGGCGGAGGAACAUGCUCGAUCACCGUAGUUCCGCCGGACAAUACAAUUUGCCAAGUGAGGAUCGAUUUUACCACGUUUUCGUUAUCUCAACCAGAUGCUACUGGAACCUGCCUAGUCGAUAACAUACAGAUAAUCGGCGGCAGUACGGUGCCUGUGAUUUGUGGAGAAAACAGUGGUCAGCACGUUUAUGUUUCGUUGGCCGGUACAACCUCACUAUCCAUUGUGGUUUCCAUGACAAGUUCCAUCUCGUUUAAUCGAGUGUGGAAUAUCCAAUUAAGUAUGAUUUCCUGUACUAGCCAGUAUCAGGCGCCUUCGGGUUGUUUGCAAUAUUUUAUGGCAACCAGUGGUGAAGUGGCAAGUUUGAACUAUGGUAGUGCAGCGAAUCCUGCUUUGAAUAAUUUAGGUUUGAUUGGAACUCGCGAAUUGGCUAACGCGAACUACGGCAUUUGCAUCAUGGCCGCAGUGGGACAAUGCUCAAUAACAUACUCUUUGCCAAACGGCGAUCCGUACGCAUUUACUUUGUCAGGAGAUGCAACGGCGGUGGCUCCUGCAAUGCUUGGAACGGGAGCUGUAGGAGCACAAGGCACAGCUUGUACCACUGACUUUCUUAUAAUUCCCAAUCCGGUCGGCAUCACCAAUGACCGCUUUUGCGGUUUGGGAUUGAACACAAUAACUAGUGCGGCACCUUUUACCUUGUUUUACGUCACAAGUGUCAACGAUGUUGGUGACGUGGCUAAUCGUGGAUUCAGAUUAGAAUACUCGCAAGAUGCAUGUGCUAUCUCAAUUGGAAAGUAG